CGAUACCGCGACCUCUCCAAUCCCCGACUUCGAGUAUCCGCCGACCGUAUAUUUUCCCUUGUCUGUUGGGUCGUCCAGUUAAUAAUUCGCCAAAAUGUCUAAGAGAGGUCGUGGCGGUGCCCAAGGCAACAAACUCAAGAUGACUCUCGGUCUGCCAGUUGGCGCCGUGAUGAACUGCUGCGAUAACUCCGGCGCUCGAAACCUUUACAUCAUCUCCGUGAAGGCCUGGGGUGCUCGCCUCAACCGUCUUCCCGCUGCUGGUGUCGGUGACAUGGUUAUGGCGACCGUGAAGAAGGGAAAGCCCGAGUUGAGAAAGAAGGUCAUGCCCGCUGUUGUUGUCAGACAGAGCAAGCCAUGGAGACGUCCCGACGGCAUUUACUUGUACUUCGAGGAUAACGCUGGUGUGAUCGUCAACGCAAAGGGUGAAAUGAAGGGUUCGGCUAUCACAGGUCCUGUUGGAAAAGAAGCUGCCGAAAUGUGGCCUCGUAUUGCUAGUAACUCCGGCGUUGUGAUGUAAAUUGGGAUUCUCAAAAUAAAAUCAUGAAUACAAAUUCUAGGCGUUUGAUGUGAUACGCAAAUUCAAUAUUCCAAUUCUCAAAUUUCCAGGAUCUUACCGUGUGUUUAUUCCAUCUACAUGCUCCUACGGCCUCCUUUUGCCUGUGCUCAAAUCACUCGCUAUACCGUUCGCGCCCGACAAAAGGAGAGUAAGGGACAACGCCAUCGAGUAAGUCGAGUCGACGUCCUACAUUCAUUAUAGGCGGUGCCAUACGUGAACGUUGCCGAUGGUUACAGAUGCGCUCCAACGAUUCUUGCUCUGCCAAUGCUCUCGAAUGCCAGGAUGUUUAUACUGAUUUGUUUUUUAAUCGUAUCUCAAUACACCUCCGCAAUAGAGACUCUUUAGGCACUC